AUGCGCCAAAGCGUUCAAGUUAGCCAAAACCAACAUAAAACUCUGCAACGACAACUGAAUAAACAAGUUAUUGAUAUGGAAACCAGGGUGACCGUAGUAGAAGGACAAGAAUCUGUCCAAUGGCAAUUGAGUCGACAAGUAGUAGUAUUCUCUGGACAACAUCUGUUCACCCAUACCAGCACCGAUCUUGGUUGUGAAAUUACAGAUAGAACCGAAACCCAUAUCUCUACCCUUACCACAUUGGUAAUAUUCACAGUGUUUGAUUCUUCCUCCUCUCAACAUUGCAGUCAUACCAGCGUAGAUAUCUUCGUUCAAGUGCAAUCCCUUUUGAGCCUUCGAGACACCACCUCUAGUAAACAUAAAAGUGGCAUUCAAGAAAUCAGGGUGACCAUAAUGCAAUUUACCUCCAAUUUGGGCCAACGUUCUAGCGAACAAAGUACCAAAAGUCUGUUCCUUACCAGCAGCAACAUCACCCAAGACACCAGAGUUCUCCGAGAAAAUGUACUCUCUGGCACCCAAAAUGGCAACAGGGGAUUCGCGUUGUUCCUCGCUGUUCUUCAAGUUUGGAGCAUAUGGAUUCACGUGUUCAACAUUCAAUUCUUCGAAUUCAGCCAAAACAGAUCUGAUCUUCAAACACUCUUCAAAAUAGUUGUCUUGAUUGGCAUCGAUCAAUUGAAUAUAUUCACA